AUAAACACAACGGCAAUUUUUAUAAAGUAGAAAAAUAUGAUAUGACGAACAUUGUAACAAUAGAUUCAAAAGAUUGUAUAUUGUUCUUGUAAGGCUGCGGUUCAUCUAGCACUACAAAUGCUUAGUUUUAUUGACCAAUCAGAGAAAGAAAAUCUAUGCUCAAAAUAUUUGAAGUACCAAAUGGACCACAGCCUAAUUAAAUAAAUAAUUCGCGAAUGUUUUGUACGGGUCUUAAGACAAUGCUACUGAAAUGUAAAAAAACAAAUAUGUUAUAAUGUAAUAAAUUAUAUGUUCCUACUAUAUAUACAAUUUUGAUUCUUUUGUAUUCAUUGUAUUUUUGAUACACUUGCUUAAGAUAAUGCGAAUUAUAUACUUUAAGGCAUAUCAAAGAAGUAAUGCAAAUAAUCCACGAUAUCGAGUUUCUUUGUAACAUUUGUAAAAUUAUCAGCUAGCCGGUUUCAAGCUAGUUGGGCAUGAUAUGCACGCGUGAAGUGGUAUAUCACUUGAUUCGAUACAAACCUGCACCCUUCUGAAUGUAAUUAUAAUCUCCGCUUGACAGUACUUCCGCGCUCGCGAUACAAUAUAUGAGAUAAAACCGAAAAACUAGGCCGAGCAACAGGAUACUUGCGUUUUCGUCGAUACCGCCGUAGGAUUUAAGAAGGAGUCUCCACCUUGCCGCAUCAGUAAUUUGAUUACCACGAUCGUCUUUUAAUGGGAGGUCCACGCGAUUCGUUUUCGUUUGCUCACAACGAUAAGUAUCAAAAUGUUAUCGAAUCUAUUAUCGAAACAGAUUAUCGUUCUUGCUAUAUUGCGAUAUUCGGUAUACUCGGAACGAUGGGAGAGUGGUUUGCGCCAAAGAUACGAUGGAUACGGAGAAGACUGGAUGUUUAUACCUGAUGGUAAUGGGCGACCCCAAGUAGCAGUAUUAAAGAUCUCAGACAGUGAAACGAGAGGCAUAUUGGAUGGCUCAGAAAUAGGCUACAUCAUCUAUACUCGAGCUAAUCCGAAAGAAGGCACGCGGAUGACUUCAAAUGAUACCGCGAAUCUCACUGGAUCCGAUUUCAAGCCUACACGAAAAACGAAAUUUAUAACGCACGGAUGGAAAUCGAGCGCCUUGAGUACCGGACUUUUGAAUAUGAAAGAAGCUUUUCUCGCUCACGGCGAUUACAACGUUAUCCUCGUGGAUUGGGAACCCUUGGCCGCGAGCACAUUUUAUUUGGGACCGAUGCGUAAUACCGUAAGAGUCGGAACUGACGCCGCCAACUUUAUAGACUUCCUAGUAAAAGAGACUGGAUUGAAGACGGAAGAUGUUCAUUUUAUCGGUCAUUCUCUCGGGGCACACGUGGCCGGGAAUGCGGGCGGUGCGGUAGCUUCCGGAAAAUUGAGCAGGGUGACAGGUUUAGAUCCAGCGUUACCAGGAUUCCACAUGCUCGCAUCCGAGAAAACUCGAUUGGAUCCCACGGAUGCGGUAUUUGUUGACGUCAUACACUCCUGUGGUGGUGUAUUAGGCUUUCUUCAACCCUUAGGGAAAGCAGACUUUUACCCCAACGCUGGUACGGCGGUUCAGCCUGGAUGCUGUUGUGUUCCCGAGAUAAUGGGUACAAUAUUUCCAUCAUUAGCAUCAGAUUCUUGUAACAAGAAUGUCUUAUUCUCUCUAUUUAUUUCAGAGGCAUGCAGCCAUGGACGAUCAUACGUAUAUUUCACGGAAAGCAUCAAUUCGAAAACAGGAUUAUCGGCUACAAAAUGCGACAGUUGGGAUUCUUACAUGAGAGGCAAAUGUAUCGAUUCGCAGAUAGUACUUAUGGGAGAGCAUGUCGACCAGACUGCUAAGGGUCUAUUCUUUCUUAGAACACGAUCGGAGCCGCCUUACGCGUAUAUGCCAGAAGUAACCAACAAUAGCAUAUCUAAAUAAAAAUAAUAAAGGUGCAAUCACAUGUCUUUUCAACAUGCACAUAUAUCUCAAAAAGAUUCCCGAGCAAGAACAGCAAAUAUAAAAUAUUUGAUUUUAAUAAAUAGUAAUUACAUUAUUAUACACAUGACUGAGGUAUAAUAAACAUAGUGACGAACC